AUGCGCCGGCGGCCCGGGGGGCCCGGCCGGGGAGGCGAGCGGGAAAGCCAGCCCACCUCCGCGGAAAGAAGGGACUCAAUAGAUCUUGAUAAUCCACAGGAGAACAUUAAGGCCACCCAGCUCCUGGAGGGCCUGGUGCAAGAGCUGCAGAAGAAGGCGGAGCACCAGGUGGGGGAAGAUGGGUUUCUACUGAAGAUCAAGCUGGGGCACUAUGCCACGCAGCUCCAGAACACAUACAACCGCUGCCCCAUGGAGCUGGUCCGCUGCAUCCGCCAUAUCCUGUACAAUGAACAGAGGCUGGUCCGAGAAGCCAACAAUGGCAGCUCUCCAGCUGGAAGUCUUGCUGACGCCAUGUCCCAGAAACACCUUCAGAUCAACCAGACGUUUGAGGAGCUGCGACUGGUCACGCAGGACACAGAGAAUGAGCUGAAGAAGCUGCAGCAGACGCAGGAGUACUUCAUCAUCCAGUACCAGGAGAGCCUGAGGAUCCAGGCCCAGUUUGCCCAGCUGGCCCAGCUGAGCCCCCAGGAGCGUCUGAGCCGGGAGACGGCCCUCCAGCAGAAGCAGGUGUCCCUGGAGGCCUGGCUGCAGCGCGAGGCCCAGACGCUGCAGCAGUACCGCGUGGAGCUGGCCGAGAAGCACCAGAAGACCCUACAGCUGCUGCGGAAGCAGCAGACCAUCAUUCUGGACGACGAGCUGAUCCAGUGGAAGCGGCGGCAGCAGCUGGCCGGGAACGGCGGGCCCCCCGAGGGCAGCCUGGACGUGCUGCAGUCCUGGUGUGAGAAGUUAGCCGAGAUCAUCUGGCAGAACCGGCAGCAGAUCCGCAGGGCUGAGCACCUCUGCCAGCAGCUGCCCAUCCCCGGGCCAGUGGAGGAGAUGCUGGCCGAGGUCAAUGCCACCAUCACAGACAUCAUCUCAGCCCUGGUGACCAGCACGUUCAUCAUCGAGAAGCAGCCCCCUCAGGUCCUGAAGACCCAGACCAAGUUCGCCGCCACCGUGCGCCUGCUCGUGGGCGGGAAGCUGAAUGUGCACAUGAACCCCCCGCAGGUGAAGGCCACCAUCAUCAGCGAGCAGCAGGCCAAGUCCCUGCUCAAGAACGAGAACACCCGCAAUGAUUACAGCGGUGAGAUCUUGAACAACUGCUGUGUCAUGGAGUAUCACCAAGCCAUGGGCACCCUCAGCGCCCACUUCAGGAACAUGUCCCUGAAACGAAUUAAGAGGUCUGACCGUCGUGGGGCAGAGUCGGUGACAGAAGAAAAAUUUACAAUCCUGUUCGAAUCACAGUUCAGUGUUGGUGGAAAUGAACUGGUGUUUCAAGUCAAGACCCUGUCUCUCCCAGUGGUGGUGAUCGUGCACGGCAGCCAGGACAACAACGCGACGGCCACCGUUCUCUGGGACAAUGCUUUCGCAGAGCCUCAGAAACUGUUCAACAGCAGCAACAGCCACCUCGAGGACUACAGCAACAUGUCCGUGUCCUGGUCCCAGUUCAACAGGGAGAAUUUACCGGGACGGAAUUACACUUUCUGGCAGUGGUUUGACGGUGUGAUGGAAGUGUUAAAAAAACAUCUCAAGCCUCACUGGAACGAUGGGGCCAUUCUGGGGUUCGUGAACAAGCAACAGGCCCACGACCUGCUCAUUAACAAGCCAGAUGGGACCUUCCUGCUGAGAUUCAGUGAUUCAGAAAUUGGUGGCAUCACCAUUGCAUGGAAGUUUGAUUCUCCUAAAGCAGUUGACGGAUACGUGAAGCCACAGAUCAAGCAAGUGGUCCCUGAGUUUGUGAACGUGUCCGCGGACGCCGGGGCCAGCACAACAUACAUGGACCAGGCGCCCUCCCCAUCUGUGUGCCCCCAGGCUCACUAUAACAUGUACCCACCGAACCCUGACUCAGUCCUGGAGACCGAUGGGGACUUCGAUCUGGAAGACACCAUGGACGUGGCGCGGCGCGUGGAGGAGCUCCUCGGCCGCCCGAUGGACAGUCAGUGGAUCCCGCAUGCGCAGUCGUGACCCCUCAGCCUCGCCAUCUUCAGCUUCUUCGUCCUCACCAGAGGAGUCACUCUUGUGGAUGUUCUAAUUCCAUGAAUCGCUUCUCUUUGGAAACAAUACUCAUAAUGUGAAGUGUUAUUACUAGUUGUGACUUUAGUGUUUCUGUGCAUGGUGGCACCAGUGAAGGGAGCGUGAGUGUGCGUGUGUGCAUGUGUGUGUGUGUGUGUGUGUGUGUGUUUGCACGUUGUGGUGUUCCUCCCUCUUGCUGUCUUGAGUUUAGCAGGGGCCACGAACGGAGGCUGUGCUUAUUUUUACCUUGUGCAAAAAGGCAGUUAGUUCCAUGAACCCUGGAACUUGGCCAGGGGUCUUAGGGGUGGCUGAACUUUGACAUGUGACUGUUCAAGUAAGAGAAGAACAAAGGGAGGAGAGAGCCCCCCUCCCUAGUGUUUGUCACCCUGUCUGCCAAGCUCGUGAUACGUAACCGUAAUCGUCUCUGCUAUUCUUCUGAAAUGUGGCUAACUGCCUUUUGACAGAGAAAGCCGGUCCUCCUUCCAUCCCUGCCCGCCGCCCCUCUGCUCUUGGACAGGGAGGGGAAGAGGGGCAACUUACAAAGGCUGCCAGGGCAAGGGAAGUCACAAGUUUCCAGAUGGGUGGUGGCUUUUUACCUAUUACUCAACCCAUCUUAACAUUUUCUCUUGGUCCUCCCUUCCCCUCCUCCCCUCUGCCCCUGGAAUUGCCACUCAGCUCCUAUGCGGACACGUUUGGCAAAAUAGAGGAAGGAAAAGAGGGUCACAUACCUGAGAGCUUACAGUGUUGAUGUGCUUUGUGUUUGGCCAGAGUGGAGUGCCCAGCCCUGACUAGCAGGCGCCGAGCGUGUGGCCUUGUUACCCAGGGGAGCCGCACACCCUUCCUCUGAGCCAGCACAGGCGCAACCCGGGGCUUUCUUAAGGCUUAUUGAUAAUGGCUUUUUGCAAAUGUUAAAUGGUGUUUUUGUUUCUAAAUUGGAUCUUUUUUGUUUUCCCAUCCCCACCCUAAUUUGGCAUCAAAAUUCUCUCUUCCUGCAUCCGUGCAGGGUCGUUCAUACCCAGGUCUCCUCAGUUCCCUUCACUGUCCACGUGCGACGUCUUGAGGAGCAGGUGGCAGGAAUGUGGUCUGAACAGAGGCCGGCUCGUCCAGCAGGAGCUCACCCUCCUGGCGGGUGCCCGUGUCAGGCCUUGGUAACAUGGGGAAAGCAGUCAGCAGGUUUGCUGGGAGAGCUGAUGAACUGUAAAAACAGAACAACAAAGCCUCAGUGUCAUUUUGUUCCACAAUUUCUUCUGUAGCUUUACACCAGAAGGAAGGAAUGGGCUCUCUCUGGUGGUUGGGGGUGGUGGUAAGCAGGUGUAGCUUACAGACAAGGCCUAUAAGGCCACCUCCGGUCCCCCUCUCCAAAAGAAGGGCAUGACCACACCCAGGAGAGGAUGGCCCGAAAAACCUUAUUUUUAUACAUGUGAGUACAUAGAUAUUUUUUUUACAAAAAUAACUUCUGAAUUUAUCAGUGUUUUGCUGUUAAAGGAAAAUAUUCCUCUGUAGUAAAUUAUUUAUUGGAAGAUGACUUUUUAAAAGCUGCUGUUUGCCUUGGCUUGGUUUCAUACACUGAUUUAUUUUUCUAUGCCAGGCAGUAGAAUCUCUCUGCCUCUGAGGAGCAGGCUGAGCCUUCCAUGGAUACCAGCACUGAUGAAGGAGGCUGCUACGCCCCCUCCCUACCCCUCAAGAUUUGAUGAAAAUGCCUACCACGGGACGGGCGCAUUAGGGAAGGGUGCUAAGGGAAGCCUGGCUACUUGGGGACCCAGGCUCAAAGAGCCCUCCCUGCUGGUCGCUCAGAGAUGCUUCACCAGCACCUGCCUCUGAGGUCACCCUCUUUGUUCCAGCCACCCUGGGGCGGAGGGGAGAGGGGGUUGACGCAAUUUCAGGUUGCGAUGGACCCAGCCUGGGGCCUGCUGAGGGCAGAGCAGUCCGGCCGGCCGUCCCUGGCUGCUCGGAGCUCGCUUCACAGUUGGCAUCGGGUUGGAUAGGAAGAGGGCUGAAGAGUGUGGCUUCCCUGAGCGUGGAGUUCCCCUGCUGGUACAGUGUCCAAGCUGUCCUCAGUUCUACUGAGACUGUGCCAAGAGAUGGGGGAGAUUUGCGACUGAAAGGUGCGCUCACUGUCUGUAUGCGUUCUAUUUUCUCUCUUCUCCCUGUUCCCGCAAACCACAAGAAGGGGCCAUGGUGAGUCUAGACCCGCUCAGCCUCUCACCUGCUCCCAGACACACACGCGUGCCCUCAAAUGUUUCAGCUCAGUGUGUGGUAUGUGCAGGGUUUUGUAGGGGGUGGGGGGGAGACUAAAAGCAAAUAUAACUUAAAAUGAAAGUAUACUUUUUAUAAUUUUUCUUUUUAAAACUUUGUGAAAUUACUUCAGAUACAUAUUUUAGUGUCGAGGCAGAUUAGUUAUAUAGCCAUCCAAAAAGUAUUAUGUACAAUUUGGGGCAGUCACAAAAUUGUGUAUGUUACAAUAAAGGCUUCCUCUGAAGGGACAAUAUUGA